AUAAAGUUGCUCGGCUCUGACUCCGCGGGUUGUUUUGGGAGUUCGGUUGAGGAGCAGGUUGAGGAUCUGGUUGAGGAUCUGUCGGGAUGAAGGAGCUGAUUGAGGAGGUCGCGGAUCCCGGUUACGGCUGCGCGGUGGCGAACCGGUUCGGGCGGCUGCUGGACGAUGAGGGAGAUCCGUUCGACCUGUUGUACCAGGCUCAGGUCCAGGGUGAGAAGAAAAAGAAGAAAGAGGAUCUGAAGAAGGUCGCGACCACCGUGUCCAAACCCAACAAGAAGGAGUCGCAGAGGGACCGGAAAGCGCUUCCCCGCACCACCGAGAACCCUGCUAAACCUGCACCAGGUAAAUCUCCUGCACCAGGAAAAUCUGAUACACCCGCACCAGGUGACUCUGCUAAACCUGUACCAGGUCAGAAGCGCCCCGUUCGGUCUCAGCCUGAGGAGAAAGUGGACAGGCGUGUGGCCUUCAGCGAAAACAAGUUCAAUGAGGCGGGCGAUUCCCUCGGCUACUCCAUCGAGAGACCUGUGGAGCUCUCUGACCGAGGUGUACGAGGACGAGGUGGAGGAAGAGGACGCGGGGCUCGAGGAUUUGGAUACUACAGAUCCAAUGAUGGCUUUGAUCCGCGGGGAAAGAGGGAGUUUGAGCGGCACAGUGGCAGCGACCGAGCGAGUGUUCGUCCUGAGGAGAAGAGAGGGGGCAGCGGUCCUCGCAACUGGGGUUCCAUGAGAGACCAUGUAAGUGCGGUGGCUGAUGCAGCACCGAUCGAGGAGAGUGUUGAAAGUGAGGAGGUGACCGAGACCACCGAGGCAGAUUUGGAAAACGGACCUGUUGAGACUGAGGAGGUGCUGGAAGUGGCUUUAGAAAUGUCCCUGGAUGAAUGGAAAGCCAUGCAAGAGCAAAGCAGACCCAAGGUGGACUUUAACAUCCGUAAGGCCGAUACCAAGCUGCCCCCCAAAGCUGUGGUGAUCCACAAGUCCAAACGCAUCGUGUGUCGGGGCCAAGAGCUCGACGAGGACGACUCGGGCUGUCGACGCCCUGCUAACGACAUCACCUGUCAGGUGGAUAUAAACUUCGGAAGCCUGGGCAGGCCCUCUCGAGGGGGCAGAGGCGGGCGAGGAGGGCGUGGUCGCGGUGCUGCGUCCGCUACAACCGCCGAGAGAUCGCCUCAGAAAUACGCCCCAAAUGUACAAGCUCCGAACCCGGACGACCCGGAGGAUUUCCCUGCGCUGGCCUAACGCAGCUGCUGCAGAGCUCGAGGAAUUUGGGCCGCGCCAGUACGAGUCUGUUAUUGCAUCGACUGCACUUACGGUUGCAAACAAAAAAAAUAAAAUAAAAUGCAGAGUUUAUUCACUUUGAUCUCGCCGGGUUGUUCUGAUCUUCCUCUGUCUGAGGCAUCUUUCACAGAUAUGAAAAUAAAAGCAA